AAAAACAGAUCCAACAUCAACCAGCAUUUUCAAGCACUUCAGGUGUACCUUUGCAGGUCUUACUCAAUUUUAUUUAUCUUUUUAUUUAUUUUUUUCUCUCUUUUCUUUUUGAUUGAUCAAAACAAUGUCUGAUCUAAAACGGUUUGAACACCUCAAAGUACAACUAGAAGCUAUAAGAUCAGCAACCAACAACUUCGGUGAAAAUCAUCUUAUUGGGAAAGGAGGAUUUGGGAAAGUUUACAAGGGAGAACUCUUCCAUUGCGAGGGUCAUACCACAGUUGCUUUAAAAUGCUUAGAUCGUGCAUUUGGGCAAGGAGAUCGUGAAUUUUGGAAUGAAAUCCUUAUGCUUUCUCUCUACAAGCAUGAGAAUAUCGUGCCUCUAUUGGGUUUUUGUGACGAUGGUGGAGAGAAGAUACUCGUCUAUAAGUAUGCCUCGAGGAGAGGUCUUGACUUGUAUCUCAACAGCAACAAUCUAACGUGGGUUAGACGCCUUGAAAUAUGCAUUGGGGCUGCACGCGGACUAACAUACCUUCAUAAUCCUGGUGAAACCAAACAAAGAGUGUUGCAUCGCGAUAUUAAAAGUUCCAACAUCUUAUUAGAUGAAAAUUGGAAUGCCAUGAUCGCAGAUUUUGGUCUAUCCAAGUUUUGUCCUGCUGACCUGCAAUACUCAUUUAUUUUCUCAAAUCCAGUUGGCACGUUUGGGUAUUGGGAUCCUCUAUACACAGAGACGGGAUUACUAACAAAGGAGUCAGACGUUUACUCCUUUGGUGUGGUUUUGUUUGAAGUUUUGUGUGGGAGGCUGUGUACAGGCAACCACGAUAAUUCUCAAUCGUUUACCGAAUUGGUACGAAAGCAUUACAAAGAACACAACCUAAAUGGUAUUAUAUUUGGUAAUAUAAAGGAUAAAAUAAAUAGAAGUUCUUUGAAGGUGUUCUCAGUGAUUGCUUAUCAAUGCUUGAAGAGAGACCGUAACAAACGUCCAUUAAUGAAUGAGAUUCUGGCAGCACUAGAAACUGCACUUGAAUAUCAGCAAAAUGAUCUAGGGAACACCGGUGCCAUGGAUAAACUAAAACAAUUACAAGAAUCGGUGCCAUUAGAGAGCAGAGCGAAAGGGGAUCCUACUACUCGCCCAAGAACUGCCACUGAGAGGUUAAGAAGAAUUAAAAUAAGUGAGAAACUAAGACAGCUACAAGAGGUAGUCCCGAGUAUGAACAAGAAAACAUCCGUCGCAGACAUAUUGGGUUUGACGCUUGACUAUAUCAAAGAACUUCAUAGCGAAGCCGAGGGUCCAAAUCGAAAAAGAAAAGGAGCAGCAGUCACGAUUGGAAGGGAUGAUACGAUGGAAAACUCAAAAAAGCCAAGCAAUAAGGCCACCCACGAGAAUACAGUUACAAUUGGUAAUGGUUUUGCGCCCAUUUUGAACCAAGAGAAGGAGCAUCUUGUCAAAAUUGAGAAGAAUCAGGAUAUUGACAGCGCAACUGGGAUCAAAGAACCAGAUCUGGUAGAGUUUUCUUCUCUUCGACAAACAACGAUGGAUCUGGAUCCCUAUAAGGAUGCAGUCGCGGAAAUAGUUUCAGCGAAAAGAAGGUAGUGGAAGAUCGUAUAUUCAGGGGAGAUCCCUCCACAAAGAAACAUCUUGUAUCUAAAACUGGAAGGAAAAAAAGGGUGAUGCUCUGUUUCAUAUAUUAGGGGAAGAGUUAAUAGCAAAACAAGUGGAAUAGAGAAAAAAGAAGUUUCACAAGUUUUGACUCAAACAAAAGAUGAUCGGGUUGUUCUUUUUAUAAACAACGUUUUAAUUCUAAUUCUAACUAUCGAUAAUAUAUAUAUAAUACCUUUAGAUA